AUGCGCGCGGUGCAGCGCGAGGGGCCGGCGCUGUUCUGCGGGCGCGACGGCGGCAGCGGCGGCGGCGGCGGCAGCGGAGGCGGCGCUUACAGCGGGGGCCGCUACAGGGGUCUCCUGGACCGGCUCGGACCCAUGGAGCCGCGCGCCGCGGCCGGGGCGCGGCCGGGGGCGCCCGCGCUGUUCUGCCUGCUUGCGGCGCACGCGGAGCUGCAGCAGCUGCAGGAGCAGGGGCUACCGCGGCAGGGCGGCGCGCUCCCAUCGGCGCAGCACCAGCGCCCGCAACAAGCACAGGCUAUGCAGCAUCAGCACCAGCUGCAACAGCAGAAGCAGCACCAGCUGCAGCAGCAGCGGCAGCAGCAAAUCACAUGGGAGCAGCACCGAUCCGCUUUGUCCCAUCAAGCGCGAGAGCAGGCGCAGCAGGCACAGCAGAAGCAGGUGCAGCAGCACCAGGUGCUGCAGCAGCAGCAGCAGCAGCAGCAGCAGCAGCAGCAGCAGCAGCAGCACCAGCAGCAGCGGCGGCAGAUGCUGCAGCAAAACCAGCACGCAGAACUGGCCGUCGGUGGCAGUCCUGGUCCGCAACUGCCGCCUGGAUCCUCCCACGAGCCCGCCAGGAGCCCGCUGCAGCGGGAGCAGGAGCAGCAGCUGCAGCAGCAGCAGCAGCAGCAGCAGCAGCAGCAGCAGAGUCCUCAGCAGACAGCCCAGCAGGCGUCUUCGAAGGCAAGCUCACCUCCGCAGGCGGCUCAAUCGCAGGGGCACCCACCCAUGCAGGUGGACCAGCGGCCAGGGCCACCGCAGCAGCCGCAGCAGCCGCAGCAGCAGCCGCAGCAGCAGCAGCAGCAGCAGCAGCAGCCGCACCUGCCUUCAGAGCCACAACAAUGGACGGGCGGACAGCAUCCGUUUGUGGCACCUGGCGAGCACCUGCAGGCUCACCACGAGCAGCAGCAGCUGCUGCAGCUCCAGGCGCUUGGCAUAUCCACUGCGGCGGCCGCCGCCGCUGCUCAGGCGCAGCCCUUCCUUGCGCUGCCGCCACAGGCACCCGCUGUCAUCUCAUGA